AUGGGCCCACCCGUAUUCAUUGGUAAUAAUAUCCCUCCUGGCCCAUCCGUUAACAUCAAGGAUUUCUUCAUCAUCGGCCCACCCGUAUUCAUUGGUAAUAAUAUCCCUCCCGGCCCAUCUGUUAACAUCGAGGAUAUCUUCAUCAUCGGCCCAUGGUCCACUAGCCCGUGUUAUACGGGAUAUUAUGCACGUCAGUUUGCCUCGUAUAAUACGGAGUUUGUCACUGAAGGGGCUCUCCAAUUAUCUGCUAAAAUCAAGGUUCCCUAUCUGAUCCACCCUAUCUCCAUCACCUUUAAAAUCAACACCAUCAUGAAUGUGUCUUCCACCUCCGAUAUUGAAAUAACCUUCUGGCGCACUUGGGCCUUGACGGUCACUCAUGAGGCAUGUCAAUAUACCGAACAGAAAUUCAUUGCCGAGAAAACAGGAGGAGACCCAGUCAUACCUUCUCCUAAGCUAGACACCGAUCUGGUGAUGGCUUGCGAUCAAUUGGUGGAUUGCCUCAUAAAGGCAUAUAACAAUCCCAGUGGGUCUUCCCGCAGAUUCGGACAGUCCAUUUGA